CCUCCUUCCCCCUCCUCUCCUCCUCUUGUCAGUUGGCCCUGUGACUCCUUGCCGGGACGGUAUAACAGUAGCCUACCGAGCGAGGCACCAGGCGGUGGAUGGGGACGGGCAGUAGCCGCAGCAGCAGCAGCAGCAGUCGGGCGCACCGACUGAAACAUGCCCCAGCGCAGUCAUGACUUGCUCGGCGUCAGAUAGCGAGAAGAUCGUGAUCAACUGCGGCGGUAUCCGACACGAGACCUACCGGAGCACCCUGAAGACGCUACCGGGCACGCGCUUGUCUUGGCUCACCGAACCCGACGCCUACAGCAACUUCGACUACGACCCCAAGUGCGACGAGUUCUUCUUUGACCGCCACCCGGCUACCUUCGCCUUCAUCCUCAACUACUACCGCACCGGCAAGCUCCACUGCCCCAACGAUGUGUGCGGGCCGCUCUUCGAGGAGGAGCUUGCCUUUUGGGGCAUCGACGAGACGGACGUGGAGGCGUGCUGCUGGAUGAACUACCGGCAGCACCGCGACGCCGAGGAAGCCCUGGACAGCUUCGAGCAACCCGAGCCGGACGCGCCGGAUGACGACCCCGCGCUCACCGGCGGGGCGGACGGCGACCUGAAGCGGCUUUGCAUGCAGGAGGACGGCCGCAGGACGACGUGGUGGGAAAACUGGCGACCCUUCAUGUGGGCGCUGUUCGAGGACCCGUACUCGUCCAAAUACGCGCGGUACGUGGCGUUUGGCUCGCUCUUCUUCAUCCUCCUGUCCAUCUCCACCUUCUGCCUGGAGACCCACGAAGCCUUCAACACCAUUUACAACAAGACAGAGAAUGUCACCGUCGGCAACGUGACACAUGAGGAGAUAGUGUACGAGGUGGUCACAGAUGGCUGGCUGACAUAUGUGGAAGGCGUCUGCGUCAUAUGGUUCACCAUAGAGGUGAUGGCACGUGUCGUCUUCUGCCCUGACAAGGCAGAGUUCUUCCGCAGCACCCUCAACAUUAUAGACUUUGUGGCCAUCGUGCCCUUUUACCUGGAGGUGGCGCUGAGCGGCCUCUCCUCGAAAACAGCCAAAGACGCGCUGAGCUUCCUGCGCGUGGUGCGCUUUGUCCGUAUCCUACGUAUAUUCAAGCUGACCCGCCACUUUGUCGGUUUACGCGUCCUGGGCCACACUCUGCGGGCGAGCACCAAUGAGUUUCUGCUGCUCAUCAUCUUCCUGGCGCUGGGCGUCCUCAUCUUUGCAACCAUGAUCUAUUAUGCCGAACGCAUCGGUGCCGACCCCAACGAUCCAACAGCUGCGAAACACACCAACUUCAAGAAUAUCCCUAUCGGAUUCUGGUGGGCUGUGGUGACCAUGACCACGCUAGGCUACGGGGACAUGUACCCUGAAACUUGGUCAGGAAUGCUAGUGGGCGCCCUCUGCGCCUUGGCCGGCGUGCUGACCAUCGCCAUGCCGGUGCCCGUCAUUGUCAACAACUUCGGCAUGUACUACUCUCUUGCCAUGGCCAAGCAGAAGCUCCCCAAGAAGAGGAACAAGCACAUCCCCCGGGCGCCACAGCCUGGCAGCCCCAAUUACUGCAAGCCAGAUGCCCUUGCCAUGGCAACCGCCUCGCCACACAGACUGAUGGGCAAUGUGCUUGGUCCAGGCAUGGUGGGAUCUGGCAGUAUGAUGGGUACUGGAGACUGCCCACUUGCACAGGAGGAGAUCAUUGAGAUCAACAGGGCAGAUUCCAAACAGAAUGGUGACGCUGCAGCCAACGCUGCCCUGGCCAACGAGGACUGCCCCACCAUUGACCAGGUCCUGGGAGAAGAGCGCAGCCCGGCCACGGGGGGGCUCGGCUCGGCCACCAGCCGCGAGCGCUACCCGCACGACCGGGCCUGCUUCCUCCUCAGCGCCGGGGAGUUCCAGCGCACGACGGACGGGAACGUCCGAAAAGUAGGAGGCACUGUGAACGGGUACUGGAGCGACAGCCCGUGGUAGAAGAUGGACCGACGGCAACACCACGAUGAAAGAAGCGACAGAACACAACAACAGAGACAGCAUACAAACAUAGAAAUCUGCAAUGUAGAUUAUAUAAGACAGUGGCCGUGGGACCUUCCUGUUUCUGUUCAUUUAUGUUCUGUCAGAAAAACGCACUUGUGUGCAUGUGUGUGUGUGUGUGUGUGUGUGCCCGGAGCUGCAUCUACCUCUACUAAGAGGCACAACUUGAAAAAAAAUGUCUGACAGAAUUAAUUCUUCAGUUCACUUUGGGUUUUUCUAAUCAGGAAAUUCUGUGACCACACGAUGAUGUCAUCUUUCUGCCAUUGGUUGUACUUUUGUUUCUAUCAAUCAAAGGUUUUGUUUCCUCAAUAUAUGUGUUAAUUCCUUUUUGUUUGAAGCGGUCAUUUUCUGAUUUUGCAGAAAUGUUGAUUUAUUGAACAGCAACAUGUCCCACUUCACUGUUGAGGACGAUAACCUGUGUCUGAUGUUUAAGCGUUUUAAUCCCUUGUACUCAUUUCACGCUCUCACCCUCCUGCCCCCCCACCCAGAGCUUUUAGUGGGAUGGAACUCAUUCCCUUUGAUUUGCAUUGGAUUCCCAUCAGAGCACCGUCACUAACCACCGAGUGAACACAGACUCCUUUUCAGAGACGCGUUCAAGUUUGGAGUAUUUGGGAAGUGGGAGCCCCAAAUGAGAUGAAAUGUCUGGGGAGCCUAUCAAUGUUCAUUUUAACAACUCUUUGGCCGAACGAUACGAGCUGUACCAAAGGCAGCAAUAAGCAUAGUUUAGAUUUAGGGCUAGAAGCAGGGGAGAAAUAGCUUGCCUGAUGCUAAUAAAUAUUAAAAAAAAUGUAUACUUUGUAUCAUUUCGUUUAACAUGCAGGUGCUCAUGUGCACAUGCUCCCAAUUUGUGAUUUUUAAUAAAUAAAUAAUUGAGUGAGCUAUAGAGGAGUUGUUCCCCCUCUGCCUCCAGUAGUAAUGCUAAGCUAACCUAAUUGCCUUCUGGCUCAUUUCACAACUCAAAGGAUGUAAAUAAUAAUAGUUUUUUUAAAUGACUUGAUCUCCUCAACAUCAUGUGACCAUGGUUCAGGGAGACGCAGGCUGUCCUUUUUCCUGUGAAUGCUUAUGCUUGACUAUACAGUUUUGGUUGGUUGGAGAAUCAUUGUAACCCUCAAUCGUGUUAGACACACACACAGAUAUUAACACACACUCCAAUCUAUCGUUUGUGAACAUUUCAUCCUCUCCUCGUCCUCCUCUCCCUUCCCAUUUUUUGACUUGGAGUUGUAACUGCCGCUUUCUCGAAAGGCCACUGUUGACUGGUCACUUUUGUCUCGGUGAUUGUACAUGUGUAAAGUUUGCGUUGUAUAUGAAUCUGCAUGGGUUUCCAUUGCAAGCAAUAAGAAUACUGAUAUGACUAAUAAUACGAGGAGCUUUGAUAAGAUUUUAGUCUCAAGCUUAAUGAAUGUGUAUAUAUCGUUUAGACUAAUAAGAGUGUGUAUGGAUGUGUGUUUUAAGAUACGGUGAAUACGUAUACACUAACAAAGCAUGCUGGACAAAAAAUAUGUUCACCUCUUUGAAUGCAAGAAGAGGGAGGACGGGCUGAAAUUAUGCAUGCCAAAAUGCUAUGAUGCUAUUGGUCUGAAGAGACCAAGUUAGGUACUGUAACCGGGCCGGGUGGGGGUGGGAAAGUUUAUUUUUGCAGGACAGGGUGGGGUUACGUUUCUGUUGAGUCUUGUAUAGCUGCUUUCUUAUCAAAAACUAGAGAGAUUUAUGAUAAGAGAAACAUAUUAACAAUCGUAGCUUAUGAUAUAUAUUUUCUUUCUUUCUUCUUUUUUUUGCUUCUCUUUUCACAGAGAACUGUUCUGAAAGCCCUGCCGCGCUUAUCAGAUAUAUGCAAAAAGAAGCAGUAACUGUGAACUAACGCUAACACAUGAAAAACAAAUCCAGCUUCUUCCAUCGUUGU